AUCAUUAAGACUGGGAUACGUUACAACUUAGAACCACGAAUGGGCAUCAUUUUAGUUGAUCGUCAGUAAACGACAAAUGCUGCACACUUUCCACCUCAAGGUCAUACAAUGAAUUUGCGCGCUACGGAGGUAGAUAUUAACUAGACUGACAGUAAUCUAAGUAGCCUGAAGGCCUCGCUCUUGCGUAAUUGAACGAGUUUGGUAGGUUUCUAGUACGACAAAAAAAGUGUAAUUAGUGGGCGUCUGCCAUUCAACUGUGAGCAGCAUUAUCCUGUACGAAAUCAGUCUGUUAUCUUUCUUAUAAAUUCUAACAAUAAAAACAGUCAAAUGAGGUCGGUGCUGAUUACUGGUUGUAGCAGAGGCAUUGGUCUCGAGCUGGUAAAGCAACUGACUGCCCACAAAUCAGCCCCAGAAUUCAUAAUUGCAACAUGCCGCAAACCGGAGGAAGCAAGGGCUCUUCAAGAUCUGUCUAAGAAACAUAAAUCUAUCCACGUGUUAAAGUUAGAUGUUACAGAUUUUUCCAGCCUAGGGGGGUUUGCAAAAGAUGUUGAAGGAAUUGUUGGUGAUGAAGGCCUAAAUCUGUUAGUAAAUAAUGCUGGAAUAAGUGGAAACAAGACUGCUAAACUAGCAGAUCUUAAAGCAGAAGAACUUGCUGAAAUAUAUAAAACCAACACAAUUGCUCCCAUCCUGUUGACCCAGGCUCUGGUUCCACUCUUGAGGAAAGCUGCAAGCCACAAUGCAUCUGCUCAGCUGGGUAUUGGGAAAGCUGCCAUUGUCAAUAUUAGCUCUGGCCUUGGUUCAGUGUCACGAAACACUUUUGGAGGAUAUUAUGGUUACAGAGAGAGCAAGGCUGCUUUGAACACAUCAACACGUUCUAUUAGCCAUGAAUUAGCUGCUGAUGGCAUACUUGUAAUGACCUUACAUCCUGGUUGGGUCAAGACUGAUAUGGGAGGAAAAGAGGCUGAUCUUACUGUAGAAUUUAGUGCUGCAGAGAUAGUGAAAACACUCUUCAAAUUGGGCAAGGAGCAUCAAGGAGCAUUCCUCCAGUAUGAUGGCUCUGUUUUGCCAUGGUAACGAAUGCUUUCAAAAUGGUUUCAUGGCAAAUAUUUCUGGCUAUAUAAAACUUUUUCUGUAAUCAUUGUCUUCUAUAUUUUUGUCUAUAGCUCUCACCCCAGAAAUGUUGGGAUUUUGAUUCAUUCUGAUUUCAUUGCACAUUUCAUGCUUUAUUUUCAGCUUUCCUGAAGAGUAAUACCUUUCCUCCUCUGUGUGCUUUUCAGUUGUAGUGAAACAACCUCUAUCCUCCCUCUCCUCAUGCAUUUGGUUUUCCUUCCAACAUUUUGUAGUACUUUUAUUAACAUUCCCUAACAAUGUUUUACAUUAACUAAAAAAAAGCCAUGGGCCAUUAUCACUUUCUGUCCAUAAACAAUGUGACAUUGUAAUGUAUUUUCAACACUUUUAUCUUAAUCAGCUUUCAACAACAGGGCUGUUUAGUGCCUUAAAGCUAUGCUGAAGCUGCACGCCAGAUAUCAGCUGCCUUUUCUUCCCCUCCCCCCCCUCCCCACCCUCUUUUCCCCUUGGUUGGUUGAUCAAAUCACUCAUGCUUUAUCAAAAAUAAAACAAAUGUAUUAUGUUGAUAUUCAUAUGAAUAAAAAAACACAUUGAGGCAAAUUCUAAAGCUUUACAUUUGGCAACCCUAUAUGACCCAUAAAUAGAUAUGGCCAAAUACUAACACAUGAAAGUAACAGUUAAAUAAAAUACAAUUUCUAAUGUUAUCUCAGUAGUAAUUUUCAUCUGAAAUAUUUUACGCCAAAUGAAUUCUUGUUAUGGUACAAAAUAAAAAACAAUGAAGAAAAAGUAUGUAAGGAGGAAAUACCUUCAUUUUUAAGGGGAAAAUAAAAUAUUGAUCGUGACUUAUACAUUGAAUGAAGCAUAUAAGUUACUAUCAACACAGUGGUUUUAUCCACAUAAAAGGUAGUUAAUGCUUGUGAUUUAUCAGAACAUGACAGCACAAAUGAAGUGGGAUAAAAGCUUGAAGUAUUCUGUUCAGCUGUAAAGCAGUAGUUCAGUUACGCAAUGUGGUGUUUUGUAGUGGUUUAUUACUUAAGUACCUUCAACCAAUUGAUUUCUGUAGUAUACAUUUUGUCAGUUUGUUUCAAAAAUAUGAAUGAUGUGUAAAUAAAAGUUAUGUUGAAAUACUUUACAUA